UCGGCUCUUUGUGACGUCACGUCCGUGUCGCCCCCGGAUUCGGAUUGCUUUCUCUGAGGCGGGUGUCCUGGAGGUGGGAGGGAAGCGUCCGCGAGGCCUUGGGGCCGCGGGGCAGGUGCAUCUGGGCUAACUUUACCAAGUCUGUUUUUUGAGGGAAGAGAUUGUGAGGACCGUGGGUUCCGGGACGCGUGUCACGUGAGAAGGCGCUCCAUGCCAGGAACUGUCAGGCACUUGGAGAGCUCUUGCUGCGGACGGGCGCGGGGCCUCUGGCCUAGUAGCCCGCAGGACCCAGUGGGACAGGCGCUCACGCUGUUCCCACUGCACGGCCUCGGUGCCUUGCCUGUCGCCUCCCGUCCUGUAACUGGCCUACUCGAGGUCCCACCCCGCCUUCUGCAGCGGCCGGGAAGGGGCUCUGCUUUCGGGAGUAUUUAGGAAGGGAGCCAGCGUUAGGCAGGAGUCCCUUCCUCCGAGCAUCGCUAAAGGCUUUUCUACCCUGGCAGCCGAUUUCCUUUUCUUUGGAAAGAGCGUCAGUUUUUUAGCUUGUUGCAACUGUUCAGAGAUGCAGUCUGUGGGCAAAUAAAUGCCUGUUUAACUGAGCUGUUAUUUUCAGCUAAGAAGCUCUUCACGUUUUUCAGAAUAUAGGAGGGGGUGUAGACUCGAAUUAUAAUGGAUCCCAUGUGGCAAAACAUUUAUUCAUUUCAGCAGUUGUGCAUGCUCAUUCAGACUCAACUACCUGAAUGAGAUGAUGUCGUUCUGGGCUGCUUCGUCUUAGGGAGUCAUUGUUUCUUCUGGCAAGUUCUACCUGCCUUAGCUAUUGAGGUUUGUGAAUUGCACCUCUGGUUUAAUUUCAGGUCGAUGGCAAAGUGGUCUUUAUAAAAUAUACUGCCUUGUGAUGCUUCUCUAGAAAUGAGAGGGUCUUAGCACCAGCUCAGACCAUGUGGACCGCAGAUGAGAUUGCUCAGCUGUGCUAUGAGCACUAUGGGAGCAGGCUGCCCAAGAAGGGGAAACCUGAGCCAAACCACGAAUGGACGUUAUUGGCAGCCGUGGUGAAGAUACAAUCUCCAGCUGACGAGGCCAGCGACACCCAUGAUAAGCCGGUGCAAGUGACAAAGGAAGUUGUCUCAAUGGGAACAGGAACAAAAUGCAUAGGCCAGUCCAAAAUGAGGAAGAGCGGAGACAUCCUCAAUGAUAGCCAUGCUGAGGUCAUAGCCAGACGGAGUUUCCAAAGGUAUCUUCUCCAUCAACUCCAGUUGGCAGCCACCCUGAAAGAGGAUAGUAUCUUUGUCCCAGGAACUCAAAAAGGACUGUGGAAACUCAGACCAGACCUCAUUUUUGUGUUUUUCUCCAGCCAUACACCCUGUGGGGAUGCCUCCAUCAUUCCGAAGCUUGAGUUUGAAGAUCAGCCUUGCUGUCCUGUCAUCAGAGAUUGGGCCAACAACCCAUCAGUAGAAGCCAGUAGUAACCUGGAAGCUCCUGGAUAUGAAAGAAAAUGUGAAGACCUUGGCAGUCCUGUAACCAAAAAAGUGAAGCUUGAGCCUGGUACUGCUGCCAAGGAGGUCACGAACGGAGCAGCUCACCCUCACAGUCUUGGUAAGCAGGAAGGUGACCCAAUCUCACCAGGCAUCAACAGCUGUAAUCUCACUGUAGAAGAACUGGCUGCUGUCACCAGAAUAGCCCCUGAUAGUGCCAAAGUGAUAGACGUUUAUAGAACUGGAGCCAAAUGUGUACCUGGAGAAGCUGGAGACUCUGGGAAGCCUGGUGCUGCGUUUCACCAGGUGGGGCUGCUCCGAGUGAAGCCUGGCCGUGGAGACAGAACUCGCUCCAUGUCCUGCAGUGACAAGAUGGCCCGAUGGAAUGUUCUUGGAUGCCAGGGGGCACUGUUGAUGCACUUCCUGGAAGAGCCCAUCUACCUAUCAGCAGUGGUCAUUGGGAAGUGCCCAUACAGCCAGGAAGCCAUGCAGAGAGCACUGAUUGGAAGGUGUCAGAAUUUAUCGGCUUUACCAAAAGGUUUUGGAGUUCAAGAACUAAAAAUACUGCAGUCAGAUUUACUGUUUGAACACAGCCGCUGUGCAGUGCAGGCAAAAAUGGCUGACAGCCCAGGUCGACUUGUUCCUUGUGGGGCAGCCAUCAGCUGGAGUGCAGUUCCUGAGCAGCCAUUGGAUGUUACUGCCGGUGGCUUUCCACAGGGAACAACAAAGAAAACAAUCAGAAGCCUUCAGGCAAGAUCCCAAAUCAGCAAAGUGGAACUCUUUAGAUCAUUCCAGAAGCUGCUAAACAGAAUUGCAAGGGACAAGUGGCCAGACUCCCUCAGGGUGCAGAAGCUGGAUACCUACCAGGAGUACAAGGAGGCUGCAUCCUCUUACCAGGAAGCCUGGGGCACACUCCGGAAGCAGGCAUUUGGAUCCUGGAUCAGAAACCCACCGGAUUAUCACCAGUUCAAGUGAGAAGGAAAUGUUUGCUCUGGUAGCAGGACCCUUCAUUCUGAACUGUCUUCCUCCACGCGAGACAAGCGUUAGCUUUUUUGGUAGCUAAAUCAGGGAACAUUCUGAGCAGUGCAUCUCUGUUGUGUAAUACAGAUGGAAUCUGAAACUUAGAACAGCCUAUACUUGAUUGAAGUAGCUUUCUGCUAAAAUGGCAUCUCACUAAUGACCUUGCUAUCUGACUUCCAUUGUGUUUUAUUGCUUCUCUAAAAUACGAAAUCAAGAGUUUGGAGCAUGAUGCUUUAAAGGUACUCUGCAGCGCUCUGCUUUAUGUGUUCCUACAUUGAUUCAGCAAAUAUUUAUUGAGCUGAAAUGAUGUUUGAAUCUCUGCAAGUCUUACAGCUUUGCCUGGCAUAGUGAAUUUAUGUUUUGUAUUCCCAGCCUUUCUUCCUUCAGGGAGCCUUUCUUUUCCCAUUCUUCAGUGAUCCUGCUCUGAGGCUAACCUUACUCCCUGGCUCUAGGAAUAGCCUGUGAGCCAGCCCUGGACCACCCUGGAAUUGUUCUCAGAGGUAUCAGGAAAGGCUCUCUGUUUUGAUCUGGAACUGUGAGAGUCACAUAAUCAUGGGACUGCCGAAGGCCAUCUUCUCCUCAUACAUAGAGAAAGCCAGCAAAUAAUGAAGGCAACAAAGGACACAGCCAAGAGAAUCAAAGAUCUAGUAACACUGAUUAGAUGCCUAAAGCCAGUGCCCACCCUAGAUGUCAGUAAUGUGAGACAAAUUCCUGUUGUUGUUUUGAUUAUGCCUGUUUGAGUUGGUUUUCUGACUUACAGUUAAAAGAGUUCUGUCCAAAAAUUCAGAAGGCGGCCAGGUGCAGUAGCUCAUGCCUAUAAUCCCAGCACUUUGGGAGGCUGAGGCAGGCAGAUCACUUGAGGU